AUGGUCGCACGAGCCGCAAUACUUUAUGCUCUUUUCCUUACCUCGCUCCAACUCCUCCUAACAAGCCACGUAUCAUUCGCCGCCGGAGGAAAAUGGAAUCUCCUCCUCCCCAACGUCGGAAUCUCCGCGAUGCACAUGCAGCUCCUCCACAACGACCGUGUUGUUAUGUUCGACCGAACCAACUUCGGCCCAUCGAACAUCUCUCUCCCUAAUCAUAAGUGCCGCAACAACCCAGAAGACGCCAUUUCCAAAAUCGACUGCACAGCUCACUCGAUCGAAUACGACGUCGCAGCAAACACCAUCCGUCCAUUAACCGUACAAUCCAACACAUGGUGCUCAUCCGGUUCGGUCAGACCAGACGGUGCUCUCGUCCAAACCGGUGGAGACAGGGACGGUGAAUUUAAAGCGAGGAUCUUCUCGCCAUGCAACAGAGGUCGAUGCGACUGGGUCGAGAUUAACAACGCAUUAGCGAAGAGAAGAUGGUACGCUACUAAUCAUAUUCUUCCCGACGGUAAACAAAUCAUUAUCGGAGGUCGAGGACAAUACAGCUACGAGUUUUUCCCGAAAACGACAUUUCCUGGCGUUAUCGCGUUCCCGUUUUUGGUCCAGACUAAUGAUACAGAGGAGAAUAAUCUUUACCCUUUCACUUUUCUCAAUACCGAUGGGAAUUUAUUUAUAUUCGCUAAUAACCGAGCGAUAUUACUCGACUACACAAAAAACAAGGUGGUGAAAACUUUUCCGGCGAUUCCUGGCGGUGAUCCGAGGAACUAUCCGAGCACUGGCUCAGCCGUGCUAUUACCGUUGAAGAAUCUUGAAGCGGCUAGAAUAGACGCGGAGGUUCUGGUGUGUGGAGGUGCACCGAAAGGAUCGUACAACCUCGCUUUUUGGAAGAGUGUUUUCGUCAAAGCGCUUGACACGUGUGCGAGGAUUAAGAUUAACGACGAGAAUCCUCGAUGGACGGUGGAGAGGAUGCCACGUCCUAGAGUCAUGGGAGAUAUGACGCUUUUGCCAAACGGAGAUGUUUUGCUUAUCAACGGUGGUUCUUACGGUUCGGCUGCUUGGGAGCUCGGUCGUGACCCGGUUUUCGUACCGGACCUAUACCAUCCCGAGAAGCCGGCUAACAGGAGAUUUGAGUCCCUAAACCCGACUACAAUCCCGAGAAUGUAUCACUCCGCGGCGGUUCUCCUCCGUGACGGGAGAGUUCUCGUCGGAGGAAGCAAUCCUCACGCGUAUUAUAACUUCACCGGAGUGCUUUUCCCGACGGAGUUACGCUUGGAAGCUUUCUCUCCGGUUUAUCUAGAACGGGGGUUUGCGAGUCUUCGUCCGCAGAUUCAGUCUCCUAGAUCGCAAACGACGAUUAAGUAUAAGAUGAAUUUGAAGCUGACGUUUAAGGUCGCAGGAGUAGUUAAGGGUCCGGUGAGAGUGACAAUGGUGUCUCCGUCGUUCACGACUCAUUCCUUCUCCAUGAAUCAGAGGCUUUUGGUUUUGGAUCAUGUUACGUUUACGAGGAGAGGUCGAUCGACGAACUAUGAGGUUCAAGUGAAAACGCCGAGAUCGGCGAUUAUUGCACCGCCUGGUUAUUAUAUGGUGUUUGUGGUGAAUGAAAACAUACCAAGCGAAGGUAUUUGGGUAAAGUUGCAGUAA